AUGAAAAAAAAUACUUGCACUCUACUUGUGGCAUCCAUGCUUCUCUUUGGUAUGGCAAUAGCUGAGCAAAAGCUAGGUUUUGUCAUUGAAUUCGUCAGACACGGUGCUAGAGCUCCAAUCUACUCAAAUGCUGGAAAUUUCUUGGUACCUCCAGGCUGCUUGACUGCUCAAGGAAUGAGAUAGAGAUAUCUAUUAGGCAAGAUGAACAGGUAAAGAUAUAUUGAUGAGUACAAAUUAGUUGAUGAUACCUACAAUCCAAGUCAAAUGUAUAUCCAAUCAACCAACGUUCUGCGAACCAUACAAAGCAGCUACUCUGAAUUAAUAGGCUUAUAUCCACCACUCAAGUAACCAUCAAUGUCUUAAGGAGAAAAGAUCAGCCUUAAAUCAGGCAAAGGAAUGCCCAAAAUAAAAAUUAGCAAUGCAAAUAGCAAUCAAAAUGACAUCGAUGCUCUGAAAGAUGAUCCCUCAGUUGGCUAUUAAUACAUUCCAGUUUUUAACUAUGUUAAUACAGAUGCCAAUGAUGAUGUUUCGAGUCAGGGAUGCGACUACGCUUAGUAAUAAGCCAAUCAAAGAGGAAAAGAUAACAGCACCUACUAUGGAGUCAAAGAUUUUAUCUUUCCAAUAAUUAGAAAACCCUUCUAGCAAGCUUUUAAACUCACUGAUAAGCAAGCAUAUGCUUUAAGUUUCAGUAAUUUGAAUGAUAUGGAGGACACUACCUUAGCUGAGAAUAUGGAGGGACUACCACCUAGAUUCAUUUAUUCCGAAGAUCAAUGGUAUGCUUUGAGAAAUAUCUAGAAGUACAAUUUGAUUUCACCUUUUGAAGGUAAAGCUAGAUAGUUGUGGGCAACUAAAAUGCUCCAAAAGCCACUAGGCAAUAUGACAAACAGAUUUAAUGAAAUUAUCAAUGGAAAGGAGGAUAUUAGAGAUUCUAUGAGAUACUUUAUUCACUCUUCACACGAUACCCAGUUAGCUAAUCUUUUGGAAUUUAUCAAUCCAGACAAGCACGAGUGGAUUGACAUGACUUACGACUCCACUAUCUUAUUUGAGUUGUUCUACGAUAGCGACUGUGUCAAGACUGCCACAAAGGACUAAGACCUUAACUGCUUUACAGUUCAUUCUUCUCACAGUGGCACUCCACUCAAAUUCGAUACCUGUCUUGAUGCCAAUAAGUCCAGAGGCAGUAAGUCUAAGGUUUGCACUUAUAGAGACUUUUUAACCCAUCUUGCCAAGUACCAAUUCCAAGGGGAUCUCUAGAGUGAGUGCUAAAAGCCAUAUUUAGGCUGA